CGGAAGGAUGACCACGGGGCGGCUGCACACUAGCGAUUCAUUCCUCCGACGCUGCGCUCGGGGCUCGGAUCGCUCUUCUGCCAACUUAUUUGCGGACGUCUUAACUCCUUAACGGGGAAAGCUUUUUUUAAUGCAACCAUAGACAUGCGCGUCACGUGAAAGCAUUUAUCCCCGGCGCAGUUCAUUCUCCGUGUCAUUUUCAUGGGACACAAGCGUUCUGCAGGUAGUGAUUUUGGCACGGGCGGUGAUGGAGAUGUGACAGCGGGUACAUGCAUCCUAUUGCGGGGAUUCGGGACUCACCGUCCGUGGCUGUGGCGGUCCGGAGUGGUGUUAUGAACGCAUGAAGGACAGGAAAAAAAAUCGUGAUUAAUUUUCCAAAAGUGGGGCUUCUAUAAUUAUCGGAUUAUCUCUUGAGAAAUGUUUUUGUUUUCAGUCAUUUGGUUUUUAUCCGAGACUUCUGCGGCACCCUCGCUCACGGCCGAGCAGAUGAGUAUGAGCAUGGAUUGGCUGAGCAAGUUUGGGUACCUCCCACCCCCAGACCCUGUGACAGGACAGCUGCAGACCAAGGAGGCUCUGACCAAAGCUAUAAAAGCCAUGCAGAAGUUUGGCGGUCUGGAGGAAACAGGGGUGUUGGAUGAAGAGACCCUGGUCCUGAUGAAGACACCGCGCUGCUCUCUACCUGACCUUUCACAGUCAGAGUCACCUCUGAGGCGGCGGAGACGCGCACUACCAUCUCAGACCAAGUGGAGCAAGAGGCACCUGUCUUGGAGGAUCCGCACUUUCCCAAAGGAGUCUCACCUGCUGGGGAGGGACACAGUGCGAGCCCUGAUGUACUAUGCCCUGAAGGUGUGGAGCGACAUCGCGCCUCUCGACUUCCACGAGGUGGCGGGCAACCAGGCAGACAUACAGAUCGACUUCACGAAGGCCGACCACAAUGAUGGGUACCCCUUCGAUGGACCCGGAGGCACCGUGGCGCACGCCUUCUACCCAGGGGACAGUGUCACUGCCGGAGAUGUUCACUUUGACAACGAUGAGGCCUGGACUUUCAGGUCUCCUUCAGACUCCCACGGGAUGGACCUGUUUGCGGUGGCCGUGCAUGAGUUUGGACAUGCCAUCGGCCUGGCUCACGCCUCCGCCAUGGCAUCUAUCAUGCGGCCAUACUACCAGGGCCCUGUGGGCGACCCGCUCAAGUACAGCCUCCCCUACGAGGAUAAAGUCCGCAUCUGGCAACUUUACGGCGUGAGAGAUUCAGUGUCUCACACGGCUCAACCAGACACCUCCCACGGUUCCGACCAGCCAGUGCUGCUGGAUCUCCCUGAAAACAGGUCCACUAUCUUGCCUGAUAGUGACAUCCCGGACAGAUGUAGCGCUCACUUUGACGCGGUGGCCCAGAUUCGGGGAGAGGCAUUCUUCUUUAAAGGGAAGUACUUCUGGCGCUUGACGAGGGAGAAACAUCUGGUGUCCCUGCGUCCAGCCCAGAUCCACCGGUUCUGGAGGGGCCUGCCUACGACCCUGGACAGCGUAGAUGCUGUGUAUGAGAGGCCCAGGGACCACAAGAUUGUCUUUUUUAAAGGGUUAAACUACUGGGUGUUCAAAGACAACAACGUGGAGGAGGGCUAUCCCCGACCAAUCAGUGACUUUGGCUUACCCACGGAGGGUGUGGAUGCUGCCUUUGUCUGGCCACACAAUGACAAGACCUACUUCUUCAAGGGUGACCAAUACUGGCGCUAUGACGACUACCUGCAUCGGAUGGACCUCGGCUACCCCAAGGACAGCGUGCUGUGGAAGGGGAUCCCAGCACAGCUGGACGACGCCACACGCUGGUCUGAUGGAGCCUCCUACUUCUUCAAGGGGGCAGAGUAUUGGCGCGUGCGGGGCAGCGACAUGGAGGUAGAGGCCGGCUACCCACGGCCCAUCGGCAAAGACUGGCUGCUCUGUGCGGACAUGCUGUCGGACUCUCCAGCCCCGGAUGUCAAUGGCACAGACACGCGCUUGCGUGGGCAGCACCGUGCCAGUCAUGCAGGAAGCAAUUACCAGGUGUGCUCCUGCACCUCCGACUCGGCCACGCCCCUCUGGCUCCGCCCAUCCUUCUCCUUACUUGCACUACUGGUCUGCUUUUGGACUCUUCCAGUAGGCCUUUGUACAGACCUAUGAUGCCUGGCGUUCAGAUUCACAUACCCGUGAACUCUCACACUUACCGGGACACUUCUAAAGGAUCUUUUGAUCAGUUUUUUUUUCAUCGUCUUGAAUUAUUUCAGAAAAAAAUGACAUUAUAUCCACAAACUAAAACUGAGGUUAUUUCAUAUAUUAAUAAAAUGCUGAAUAUUUA